AUGGAGCUGCCCGCGGUGCCCCAGCCCUGGCGCUACUGGCUGCUGCUGGGCUCCUAUGGGCUCUUCCUACUGCUGGGCACCGCCGUCUUCGUGGGCGUCGAGGCGCCGCAGGAGGCCGGGCUCCGGGAGGCGCUGCGGGGCGCCAGGGCCGGCUUCGUGCGCCAGCACCAGAGCUGCCUGUCGGAGCCCGGCCUGGAGCGGCUGCUGGAGCGGGUGCUGGACGCCGAUAGCUACGGGAUCUCCGCGCUGGGCAACGUCUCCGACGACGAGAACUGGGACUUCAGCUCGGCGCUGUUCUUCGCCGCCAGUGUCCUCACCACCACGGGCUAUGGCCAUACGGUGCCCCUGUCGGAUGGGGGGAAGGUUUUCUGCAUCUUCUACACCCUGCUGGGACUCCCAGCCACCCUGCUCCUGGCCACCUGUCUCCUGCAGCGACUCAUGGGGCUGCUGAGCCACCGGCCCGUUCAGUAUCUUCACACCCACUGGGGCAUCUCUCCAGGCCAUGCAGCACUGGGACACGCAGCUACCAUGGGACUGAGCGUACUGGGGCUUUUUAUCCUGCUGCCAGCCCUCUGCUUCUGGGCCCUGGAGAAUGGCUGGACCUUCCUGGAGUCCGUCUACUUCUGCUUCAUCUCGCUCAGCACCAUUGGGCUUGGGGACUACGUGCCAGGUCGUGGCAGCCCCUCCUCGCUGCGCCAUCUCUACAAAAUCAGCAUCACCUGUUACCUUCUCCUGGGGCUCCUGGCCAUGCUGCUGGCCCUGGAGACCAUCUAUGAGCUGCGCGAGGUCCACAGCCUUGUCCGAUUCUUCGCCCCCCCACGGGCCCCUGCCUCCCCCUCCAGUGAGGACGAUGACCAGCUGGAGAUCCUGAGCCAUGACCAGCUGGGCCUGGCUACUGUCUGCGGGGCCACCCCCUCUGGGAGCCAAGCAGACAGCGAGGCAGAUGGGAGAGCGGCACCCCAUGACGGCCCCUCUGGGUAA